AUGGCUUCUUCCAUUCAGAACAUCACUUCGAGCACCGUGGAGGACGCUGCUCCCUUGGCGUUUGUCUUCAGUGGCAAUGAAAUGAUUGUCCAGUGCACUGCCAACAAUGAUGACCGGGACGCUGCCGUCAACACCAUGAACACCGCGUUGCUGAAUUACCAAAAGUUCAACGAUGGCAAACAUGCUGCCAUCGUCCACUGCAAGGCUUCUCAGUCAACGCGGUAUUGGAUCACCAGCGUUCCGUACGCGCACACCUUGGACAAGGAGUCUUUCAAAAUUAUUGAGACUACCGCUGAGCCCGUUGCGCAACCGCCCAUGGUCUCGUCGCCUCUUCACCACCAGAAAGUAACCAAAGUUCACAUCCGCAGGCCUCGCAAUCAGUUCAUCAUCUACCGUCAGUGGAUGUCGGCCAAAAUCCAUGCAAACAACCCUGGCGUGACUGCUGCUCGCAUUUCGCAAAUUGUGGGACAGAUGUGGCGGGAUGCGAAGCCUGAGAUUAAGGUCCGCUUCAAGGCUCUGGCUGAUGAAGAGGACCGUAUGCACAAGGCGAAGUACCCGGGCUAUCGUUACGUGGCUGGCCGCCGCAACCCGCAGCUGCCUCUGUCGAAGCGCCAUUUGACACAGAACCCCAUGACGAUCGACGAGAGACUGAUCGCAGCUGGAAUCUGA